AUGGGUGCCUACAAGUAUUUGGCCGAGUUGGCUAACAAGAGGCAAUCCGAGGUCUCCCAAUUCUUGAGCCGAGUCUCAUGCUGGAACUACCGACAGCUCGCCGUCAUCCACCGAGCUGCCCGACCCUCCCGACCUGACAAGGCCAGGCGAUUGGGAUACAAGGCCAAGCAGGGUUACGUCGUGUACCGUGUCCGAGUCAGGAGGGGUAACAGGAAGAAGCAGGCCCCCAAGGGUGCUACUUACGGUAAGCCCGUUAGGCAGGGUAUCAACCACCUCAAGUCUCCUCGAGGCUUGAAGGCUACUGCCGAGGAGCGUGUUGCCCGAAGGUGUGGUAACCUCCGAGUGCUCAACUCUUACUGGGUCAACCAGGACGGUGUCUACAAGUACUUUGAAGUCAUCCUCGUCGACCCCUCCCACAAGGCCAUCCGCCGAGACGCCAAGAUCAACUGGAUCGCCAACCCCGUCCACAAGCACCGAGAGACCCGAGGCCUUACCGCCGAGGGCAAGAAGAACCGUGGUCUCGGCAAGGGUUCCAAGCACAACCACAACCCCAAGAAGGCUACCUGGAGGAAGCACAACACCCUUUCUCUCCGACGAUACCGUUAA